AUGAAUAAGAACUUCAUGAAAGUCUGCCAACUUUUCCAGCAGGAUGUGGAUCCAGUUCUCCAGCAGAAACAUCCCGUCUCUGUGAGACCUUAUGUUUCACAUAAACAACAUACAACCUUCUUUUGGAGCUCAAGCCCAUCCCAACAUAACCAGCACAAAUUUCAACCUGCAAAAGGGAAGCAAGCUGCCUGUAUGAGUGUUUUAGAAAACAGUCAGCAGAAGAGGUCCGUAAGUAAUAAACAUGCCAGUGUAAGAAAGCUCGAACAGACGAUGGAGACAACUUCACCUGAGUUCCUGAACUCUUCUUCAUACAAGGAAGUCUUCUGGAGUUACCAAACUGAGCUAACCAGAAACUUCUCUUCGGAAGCCCCAAAUGAUACUGUCUGUCUCAUAAAUGAAGGCUCCUUGUCUCUUGUUUUCAUCAUUUUUUACUCCAUUAUUUUUGUCAUUGGAUUGGUUGGCAAUAUUAUAGCCUUGUUUGCUUUUUUCUACAUUAAUCACAAAAGAAAUUCUAUCCAGAUUUACCUGCUUAACGUAGCCAUUGCAGACCUUCUACUGAUCUUCUGCCUCCCCUUCCGUAUACUAUAUCAUAUUAACAAAAACACAUGGAUGUUGGGAUUGAUUUUCUGCAAGAUUGUAGGAACCCUAUUUUAUAUGAACAUGUACAUUAGCAUCAUACUGCUGGGAUUAAUUAGCGUGGAUCGUUAUGUAAAAAUUAACAAGUCUAUACGACGUCCAAAAAUGUUAACAGCUACACGAAGCAGAUAUAUCUGUUGCAUAUUGUGGACAAUUGCAAUAAUAGGAUUCAUAAUGACAGUUGCUCAGUCUGCUAAGAGGGAAGAAUACAAUUCGACUCUGUGCUUCCAUUACAGAGAUAAACAGAAUGCAAAAAUGGAGGCAAUUUUAAACUAUAUUCUUGCUGUAAUCUUUUGGAUAGUUUUCUUUCUACUAAUACUUUCAUAUAUUAAAAUUGCGGCGAACCUUCUGAAAAUUUCCAAGAAAAGAGCAGAUUUUCCCAAUGCUGGAAAGUACAGCACCACGGCAAGAAAUUCCUUCAUUGUACUUAUUAUUUUCACCCUGUGUUUUGUACCAUUUCACACAUUCCGAUUUGUCUACAUUACAUCACAAUUACAACACACAUCUUGUAACUGGAAGGAGAUAAUUCACAAAUGCAAUGAGAUAAUGCUUUUAUUUUCAGCUUUCAACAGCUGUUUAGAUCCAGUUAUGUAUUUCCUAAUGUCCAGCAGUGUUCGUAAGACUGUAUUCCGACUUAUUUGUAGAACACUUCAUGGGGACUCAAGUGUGAGUGAUAGUAUUUCAGAAAUGAAACCUGGGCAAUCUCGUCAUGAUACUGCAACUACCAUUACCCCCCAUUCAAGCUUUUUAAAGAAAAAUUCCCUCAUCUGAUUGCUUAAAUAUAAUGGACAAUUGCUUCCCGAAAAGACAAGCAGAUAAUCUACUAGAUAAGCUAGAUAAUUGACACUGGAUGUACAUGUGUAUAGGAAUGUACAACAAUACACAGCUGGUAAUACUGCCUCAAGAAAAGCCUUUCCCCCCUCCUUUCCUUCCUUUUUUACAAGUAUGGGAGGUCAUACUUCAACUGCUUAAAUUAAAAAUGAUUUUUGGUGAGAAAGAGCUUAACAUUUUUAUUAUUACAAAUCAAUAUGAAGUUUGAAACCUUCAUGUAAAGAUUCAUUUAAGACAGGAUUCAUCUA